UAUCGAAGAUUGUAGCUAAGCUGUAUAGCGUGUGACGUAAUCGCCACUGUGGCGAAGCUGAUCUGACUCUACUUAAUCAACAUAUCCCACCUCGUCCAGCUACACCUCACAAGAGAUCCAAAUUUAUACAAUCCCAACCAGCUUUUUUAAACGCAAGAAAUUAUCUAAAACAAUCUUCUCACCCGAAUCCUGGACUACGAACAUGCCUCACUCCAUCGGUAACGAUCGUAACAGCGCACCCCGCCCUACCGGAUCAGCAGGAUACGCCUCCGUCGACGCGGUCGCCUCGAUCGGUGACCUGAACAGCAGCGAGCGCCGUCUCGGCACAGGCACAGGCGGCACAGUGACUGCACCGGGGUACUCUGCGGGCCAGAAUGCGGAUUUGCUGGAGAACGCGGAGAGCGAGCGGGCGCUGAGCAAGGAAGAGGCGGACCGGCUGUACGAGGAGCGGAUGGAAGAGGAGUACGCCAAGCGUGAGGGAGGGGCAUAGAAAGCCUGUCUCUGAUUAUUUCUUGUUGGAGGACUGUAUAUUUGUAUAGUACAUGUUGCAGAGCGUACCUAGUAGCUCUUCAUAUAAUAAAAAGCAGC